GGUUCAUCCAACUGCGUGCGAUCAUGGCGAGCUCGGAGCCAUCUUCGUCAAAGGAAGGGGUCGCACCACCAGCGCCCCUGGAAGACCUCACAGGGUACCUGGCGUACCUCCAGUCAAAGCUGCAACCACCCACGCGGACGGCCGCGCAACUUCCUGGACCCUCGGACCUCUCUUUCCACCGGUCCCUCGACAAGUCUCUCGCUAAGGAGCUUGAGUCCGCCAAGGAGACUGUCCUCUCCACCAUCAAUCAGCUUGUCGAAUCGAUCAAUGGUGGAGAAGGGAGCGCUAGAAAGAGUGCAAAAGGGCUGGGAAAGUCUAGGGCGGGAAGUGGUAGCGGGCAGGACGGCAAGAUCCUCCUGGAAGACCUGGUUGAUGCAGACGCCUUCAGUCGCUCCCUCGGCGAUGUCGUCGAUAGCCUGCUGGAAAACGCAGACACCUGCCUCGACGAGUACCAGGGCAGAGUCAAACCAAGGGCGGCGCCAUCUCGCAAGGACGUGCCCUCCGCUCGGCCCAACGACUCAAAUGGGAUCUCGACCCUGGGACCGCUCCCACCGAGGAUUCUAAAUGCCAACAUCAACCCACUUCCACAGACGAGAUUCGCAACGAAACCGGACAAUAGCCGAGAGAAGCAAUGGGAGAGAAACUUGAUGCUGGGAAAGCCACAUGCCAAAGUGCCCCUCACAUGGGCACCACCACCUCCUGCCGACGGGGAGCCGGCGGCCAAGGUUGGUGUUCGGCAGGGCAUGUACUGCGCAGAGGGCGAUCCGAGGACCAAUCCUUACUACUACGAAAUUCACAACUUCUCAGCCCCAAGUCAUGCGACUGAGGCUGUCCCCGCUCUCCCAGAUAUCAUCCCCCCUCCUGCGAUGGACAUCAAGGCGCCGACAGGAGGCGAGCCUGCAUUCACAUGGAUCGACACGACCGAGGGCAUGUCAGGCCUCCUCGCCCAUCUCAAGGAAGAAAGGGUCAAAGAGAUUGCACUCGAUGUCGAGCACCACAAUUUCCGAUCUUUUCAGGGCCUCGUCUGCCUAGUUCAGCUCUCAACGCGGUGGGGUGACUACAUCAUCGACGCUCUCAGCCCAGAGGUGCGAGCCUUUUCCGAGCGUCUCAACGACGUCAUGGCCGACCCCAGCAAGGUCAAGGUACUGCACGGGGCCGAGCAUGACGUCCUGUGGCUGCAACGCGAUCUCGGCAUCUAUCUCGUCGGCCUCUUCGAUACCUACCACGCCAGCAAUGUGCUGGCCAUGCCACAGCACAGCCUCGCCUACCUCUUGCACCGCUACGUGAGCUUCGAGGCCGACAAGCGCUUCCAGCUGGCAGACUGGAGGAUUCGACCAUUGCCCAACGAGAUGCUCUUCUACGCUCGCAGUGACACCCACACGCUCUUGUACGUCUACGACUGCAUGCGAUUCGAGUUGAGCAAGCUCGUCUCCACUGCAGAGACGUUAGGAGGGAAGGAUGCCAUCGAACGGGUGUUUGAGCUGAGCAAGCGGACCGCGAGCAAGGUGUAUGCCAAGGAAGAGUGGGACCCCAACGGAGAGGGUCGGGAGGGAUGGAAGACUGUCUGGAAGAAGCUCGGUGCCGACGAGGCAGUCGGUGUGGACGAACGUUGGGAGAAGCAGGGCGUCGAUGGACUGAACAGGACGGAGAGAAUCUUUCGGGCGCUGCACGACUGGAGGGACCUUGUUGCGAGGAGGGAAGACGAGAGUCCACGCUACAUCCUCUCGGCUCAGACGAUGCUCAGCAUUGCAUCACGGGCACCCACCACCAAGGAGAGCGCAUCUGCAUGCCUUGGACCUGCCAUCAAGAAGCGGGCGACGGACGUGGUGGCUGUUGUCGAAAGAGAGAGCAAAGCGUGGGAGGAGGUGCAGAAAGCAAGGGAGGCAAAGCUGAAAGAGUCAUUGAUGGGCGCCAUCGCUGAUGACGAUGAGGAAAUGGGCGUCGCAGUCGAAGGAGGGGCUGAAACUCUUCCCUUGUGGCCUCAGCAAGAGCAUCUUCCGCGAAGCAAUUCAGGCAGCUCCCUUGCUGCGUCCUUGUUCGGCGAUACUGGGCACGAGCCGCUCCCUGCCUCCUCUUCAGGACCGUCGAAGCCGACAUCGCUCUUCGGUGCGGCACCUCCGCGGCAGGCAUCGACCUCGACGAAGGCGUCGACAAAGUCGUCCUCGCUCUUUGCAAGCUUCGGUCGCUCUUCCGCCGCGGUGGAUGCCGUCAGGAGCAUCAAGAGCGAGCUCGCGUCGGCUCUCAAGGGCAUCCUUGGGCCGUCUUCCUCGUCGUCAAAGCUCCGGAGGGAAGUGGAGGACGAUGGUGACGACGCAAGGGAAGUGCUCAGCGCUCCGGAAACGGUGGCAUUCGUGCCAAAAAUUGAUCGGCGAGAGGGUCCUUCGACCUCGUUGUCGGCUUCCACUUCGACAAAUGGGGCGAGACCGGCAGUCGAAGCGAGUAGAGCUGUUAGCGAGGCUGAGGAAGCCGAUUCAGACAAGGACAGCGGAGAAGAGCUUGUUCAAGUGAGCAAGAAACAGCGUCACAAGGCGGACCGAAAGGAGAAGAAGAAGAAGCGAAAGGCCAUCGACUUGCCGGCGGAGGUGGGGGGCGAGGAGUUGGUGCCACACGACUAUUCAAAAGAUAUCAGCGUACUGGAUCUUAAGGGAGGCGCGGCGUCAAGCACCAAGAGGCAGAAGAAGGAGAAGAAGAAGAAGAAGGGAGAGCGAGAGCGAGAGGCGGAGUCUUCGGUGGCGCCGGGCAAGGAAAGGAGGUACGCCAAUGUCGGAACGAGAGACAGGAGGGAGAUGGCCGGUGGCAAGAGCCAGAGCUUUGCCAGAUAGGCAAGAGAUGUUUUAGCUUAGAGCAACGCAAAAGAGGAGGUCCACUCCAGUACAUUAUCCCAUCGCCUUUCUCACAAUCUUAAUGUCACGAGCAGAUUUCAUUGCUUUGUCACAA